ACGAACUGGGUUUGCGUACCCCUCGCGAGGCGGAUCGAGGUGCCAAGUACCCCCCUUUUGUAAUCCUUUCAUCCAUACAUAAUACAAAUCAUCGCCGAUGCAAUAUUGAUAAAACUCCACUAUGUGUGUCAGUCUUGGUCUGACCUUUGUUCUGGCAACUUCAUCUAAAAGGGUCACAGUAUCUCUUCUCCACCAUCGUCUACUGAACCUCUCUCGGUCCACCAGUCUUCGGGGAACCAAACUUUCUUACCGUCUCUCGGAAUUUUCCGGAUAUGAGAAGUCAUAACUCCUGAGCCCUGCCAUAGGUAGGCAGUUUUUAGCUGGACCCAAACCGUCGUGAUGGCAUUUUCGUUUGGUAACCUGCUGUCGGCUUUAAUGCUUUCGUGGACGACCUCCAUCAUCCUCGUUCUAUUCGUCCUCGUCCUCAUCAUCACAUGGCUCCACCAGAAACCAAAGGACUUCCCUCCAGGACCACGAGGACUUCCAAUCUUUGGAAACGUUUUCGCCUUCGAGCAGGACGAUGCAUUCGCUGAUACACUGAUGCGAUGGGGCAAGGAGUAUGGGCCCGUGUAUGGAGUGAGUAUCGGUCUUUCAAACGACGUUGUCGUCUGUGGAGCCGAAAUGAUCAAAACAUUGCUUGUCAAGAAAGGACUGGACUUCGCUGAUAAACCUAAACUUGUUGAAGCAGACUUGUACAACAAAGACAGAAGAGGUAUCUUUGUAUCAGGUUGUACAGACGGAUGGGCAAAGCAACGUCACUUCGCCCACACCACUUUGCGAGGGAUGGGCUUCGGGAAAGUAGCCCUAGCGCCCAUCAUACAGGAAGAGGUGGAUGACACCAUUAAACAAUUCACGUCAUACAACGGUCAACCUUUUGAUCCGCAAGGACCUUUGGCGACCAACUCGUCUAACAUCAUCUGUCGACUUAUAUUUGGACAUCGCUUUGAGCACAACGACCCGGAGUUUCACCAGCUCAUGAACUACCUGCGAGGCAUUAUGGGAUUCCGAGCGGAAGGAGAGGUCAUGGUGUUUCCCUUCCUACGACACGCCUACAUUUACAAGGAAAGGUGGCAGACAAACCACGUAUCAGUUCAAAACAUGUUCAAAUAUUUUGGCGGGAAGAUCGACGAACACAAAUCAAGACUUUCAAAUAGUACUGCUUCGAAUCAAGAACACGAAGUACUUGACUUUAUCGAUGCGUACCUUCUGCACGCUGUGAAAGACCCGAUGCACUUCAAUGACGAAGAACUGAAAGUUCUCCUGUCAGAUCUAUUUAUCGCUGGAUCGGACACAGUUUCAACGACUUUAUGUUGGGCCAUCCUUUACCUUGCAGCAUAUCCAGAUAUACAGGAAGAAGUGCAAGCAGAAAUACAGGAGGUGAUUGGUGAUGAACCCGUGUGUUUAUCGCACCGAGGGUCCAUGCCAUUCACGGAAGCGACGUUGAUGGAACUACAAAGAUUAGCCAGCGUGGUACCAAUCGUCCCUCAUGCUGCAUUCCGAGAUUCAGAGCUAGGAGGAUACCACAUACCCAAAGGAACGAGGAUGUGGAUCAACAUGUGGUCUCUUUUCCGCGACCCAGUGGACUGGCCAAACCCUAAUAAAUGCGAUCCCCACAGAUUCCUGAACAAAGACGGAACAAAGGUGGUUCAUCCAGAUAGCUUCAUGCCCUUCUCAGCUGGUCGUCGGGUCUGCAUGGGAGAACAGCUCGCCAAGAUGGAGUUGUUUCUAUUCUUCGUAUCUCUGAUGCAGCGCUUCAAGUACGUGUUCGCCGAUCCCGACACGACGCCAUCUUUUGAAGGAGUUGUAGGUUUGAACAGACAGCCCCGACCUUACAAGGUAAAGGCAAUACUCAGGAACAAAUAGGAUUCUUCCAUCUGAUUCCUCGUGAUACUGUCAGUCAAGGCUUUACGCAGGAAUUAUAAACAGUUAUAAUAACAGUAAUAAUAACAUUUUUAAUCUAAUUUUUAUAGAAGUUCUGAAAAAUAACUGUCUGUCUAUCGUAUGGCAAUGGGUGAAAUAACAGAACCCAUUCAAACUUAUUUGCGAGGACCAACUUUUUCAUGAGACAGUAUUCUGUUGUAACCUUUCCAUUUCAGAGCAGGUUAUCUUAUCUCGACAGCUUCAGAUUUUAUUAACUUUUUGUUUCUUUAAGUUAGAAUUUUGAUAAAAUGUGGCUCCAAAGAUAGAUUUGUGCUUGCAGGUAUGAACGUUUACCUAGUAAAGUUUGUUAGAAAGAGGAGAAAUGGCUCAGAUACAGUUACUAUAUAUUUUUUUAUUUCUCGGGGGAAAGGGGAAGGGGUAGAUGUUUUUCGUAGCUCAAGAAUGAAAGGUGGACUGGUUGAAAUAGGGCCUUGUUGAAUAUGUUUGAUGUAAGCUUUAGUAAGUCACAAUCUCGAGACAAAUAAAUCGGGACAACUCAAAUUUUCACAUAGUUCAAAAUUAACAAAAUUUGGUAAUGUAUGAAUAAUUUAGUUGUUGACUGUAUUUUUAUCUUGGAUAUAUCAAAGAAACAAUUGAACCUUCUAUUAUCUAAAGUAAGGUCUUGGGAAAUAACAUUGCUUAUUGUAAAGAAGAAAAUGUCUAUUCUCAUGGGUUUUAUUAACAUUUUCGUUUCCAUUACAUGUAAAUUACAAAUAAGAUAACUUAUACUCGGCCGUUUCCAGACAUUCCAAACAUUUUGAAACGGAAAUCGUGCCGUAUAAAACAUUUCUUUGGAAUACCAUUACGUAAUAUGAGCCCACCCCUCCCCCCCCAAAAAAGAAAUAUUUACAUAAAUGUUAUGUUUAAGUCGUGCGUUAGUAGCAGCAGACAAUUGCUAGAUGUCAUAGCUUUAAACCAGAAUAAAUAUAAAGUAUAUAAGCUCCUUUUUACAGCGAUAUGUUGACACAUUUUGCAGUUUCUUUGAUACAUAAAAUAUGUAGCGUCGAAAAAACUUUAGAAUUUCUCAUGUUAAAUUUUUGACAUUAUCAAUGAAAAAUGUAUUCUUUGCAAUUAUAAUUAUGAACGUUCAUGGAUUUUGUAGAGUACAUUCUACGGUAUGUAGUAAUACCUGUAAAAGUCAUUAUAAUCGUAACAUAUUAAUACGCAUUAUAAUUUUUUUUCUUUUUCAAUCGAGUGCCAAAAAAGAUCCAGUAUUAUGCAUGUCAUAGGACCAGUAACGGAAGAAAAUAGAUCGUCGCUUAUUUUAGAUGAAAUGGUUGAAUGCAAGUAUUAAAAUGGUAAUAGAUAUGAUGGACUCCAAGUUGGACCUUGGUAGACAAAUGUAUUCUUGACGAUAUAUAUGUAGAACAUUUAUUUUGUAUUACACUUUUGAGAUUGUAAAUGGAAGAGACUAUCUUUAUUAUUUAUUUUGGAAAAAAAGAGUGUAAUGUGCUAUUUAAGUGAUUCGGGUAGCUCAAUAAAGACAAACGUGUACAUGCGGCAGUACUGAAUAAAUUAUGUUGGAUAAUUAAUA